AUCAUUGGAACUCUCAUCGGCACUGGUAUCUUUGCAUCUCCAGGGCCUUUGUUCGAUUCCGUAAACUGUACCCAAACAAGCUUCAUGAUCUGGGCAUUCGCAGGUAUUAUUUGCACAAUCGGUGCAUUUGCCUAUGCUGAGCUGGGGACCAUGUUUCCAGAGUCAGGUGGGGACUAUCAAUACCUGGCUCGAGCCUAUGGCAAAAAGAUGGCAUUGGUCUUCGGAUGGUCUUUUAUUACCAUCUUGAACCCAAUUGGCACUGCAGGGAUUUCUGGCGUCCUAGGACGGUACGCAGUUGAUAUGAUUAUAUAUUUCAAGACAGGGACCAGUCAUUCGGAUGAUAUGCCAUGGGUCGUACGCUCCUUUUCGAUCGGUUCCAUCUUAGUGAUGGGAAUGAUCAACAUAUUUUUCUUGGAGGGAGGCAAAUAUGCGAGCAACAUCCUGGCUAUGUUCAAAAUCGGCGGCAUGUGUAUGUUAAUCGUCAUUGGGAGUAUGCAAGCUGCGAAAAACCAUGCACAAAGUGAAGCCUUUAGUAUCCCGAUCGAACAAUCCAGCCACAAUAUUUCCGAUUAUGUGAGCGCGUUGUGUUUCGCAUUUUUCGCUUAUAAUGGAUUCAAUAACAUCAAUCUCGGUCUGGGAGAGCUUCGUGACCCUGAAAGGAAUCUCAAGCGUGCCGUCUGGAUAGCAAUGCCCUUCGUCACUAUCCUGUUCUUACUCGCCAAUUUUGCAUUCUUUUCCAUCCUAUCUUCUCACGACCUACGUCAUGUCCAUUCUUUAUCUCUCCAUGCGGGUCACACAGUCUUGGGUCAACCUGGAGGGUUUAUGAUGGCAGGCACAGUCGUCGCAUCAGCUCUUGGAUCUAUCAACGCUAAUAUCUGGGCUGGAUCUCGGUUGUUAGUUAUUAUGGCCAAAGAUAAUGCCAUCAUCCCCUACCCCAUCGGUAAAGUCUGGGCACGAACUGGCACGCAAGCCACUGCAAUGGGUAUCUUGGUUGUCCAAGCUUCGAUCCAUGCAUUGAUCAGUUUAGAUUUCAAGACGUUUUCUAAAAUCUAUUCAGCAGUCGGAUGGACUUGGUAUGGCCUUUCUAUCCUAGGCCUCCUGUACUUGCGCAAGAAGAAGCCAACAUUCCCAAGGCCUGUAAAAGUGUUUUGGCCUCUAGCGCUCGUGUUC